GAUUAUCCAAAACUCAGCUUCAGUGUUACACUAUCCACCAAUGGGCUGCUGACGUGGAUGCCUAUUGUGACUUUAGAUUUUCCAAACGGAUAAAACGGAAUAUAAUCCUGGCCGUCGGAUCUUAUCCUGACUCAUCCACACCGUCGGAUAUGAUCUCACUGGUCCACACCCAACAACUCUGAUACUAUUACUAAUGAAGAGGAGGCUACUCCGCCUCCGUGCAUUCGCCGCUGAACCAAAUCUCCGGUGAACAUCGACGGCGGAGCUCUGAGAUAUGGAGGCGGAGGAAGAGGGGAGGAGAUCCACCGGUACAGUGAGAUGGUUCAGUGCUCAGAGAGGAUUCGGCUUCAUAGCCCCAAACGACGGCGGCGACGAUCUCUUCGUUCACCAAACCGCCAUCAAAUCCGACGGUUUCCGGACUCUAUCCGAGGGCCAAUCCGUUGAAUUCUCCGCCGAUGUCGCAGCAGAUGGCCGCGCCAAGGCCAUCGACGUCGCCGUCACCGUCACGAGUAGAUCUCGCCGCGGCGGUAGAGCUGGAGGACGGAGAGGCGGUUACGGCGGAAGAGGAGGAGCUUGCUAUAACUGCGGCAGAACAGGGCAUUUCGCCAGGGAUUGUUACCGAGGAAACGCAGAUAGCGGCGGCGGCGGCGGCGGAGACGGCGAAGGGAAGAGGAAGUACGGCGGCGGAGCAUGCUUCAGAUGCGGGAAGGAAGGGCAUUUCGCGAGGGAAUGCCCAAACAUCGACCAAGAGAAAUGAAAAAAAAAAACUCUGUUUCUGCCAUUCUUCUCUCUUUCAAACCCUUUUUUUUAUUAAAUAAUUUCCUUUUUUCAUAACUCCACCUGAAUUCAAUUUAAUUAAUCAAAUUUUAUAAUACCAUACCACCCAUCCAUCAUCCAUGCAUGAGGUGGAAUCCUCGUACAUAAUCGAUUGAAUGAUUCAUUUGUAAUGUAACAAAUGAUUUGAUUGAUAAUCGGUUAAAUUUAUUUAAUUU